AUGCAGUCUCUCUUUGUACCCUUUUUCCAUAAUUAUUCUCAUAGCUUUCUAACCCUAACAUGCCCCUCUGCUGAUAAUAAUCACCUACCUUUCUCCCAUCAAUUUGAUGUCAAAUGUUGCUAUGACUUCAAAUUGCCCAAGUUCUGUGAUAGAAUUCGCUCAUGUCACGUAGUCGAUGGGAAGAGCUCCUCCAGUACCAUUUUAACUAGCAAGCAUCAUCAUAUUCUUAAGCCUCUUACAAUGACAAAUCUCAAUAUGGAUACAAUCCAUAAUGACUCACCACAGCUACGUGUUGCUUAUCAAGGUGUUCCUGGAGCCUACUCUAAAGCUGCAGCCAACAAGGCUUAUCCUGAUUGCAAGGCCAUUCCAUAUGACCAAUUUGAGGUGGCUUUCAAGGAAGUGGAGCAAUGGAAAGUCGAUCGAGCAAUUAUCCCUUUGGAAAACUCUCUCGGAGGUUCAAUCCAUCACAAUUAUGACCUUCUUUUCUACCAUAAUCUACACAUCAUUGGUGAGGUCUAUCUUCCAGUCCAUCAUUGCCUUCUUGCUCUACCCGGAGUUCGAAAAGAGAACCUAACUCAAGUUAUUUCACAUCCACAAGCCCUUGCUCAAUGUGAGCAUACAUUGAAGAACAAACUUGGCCUCAACGUGAUAUAUGAGGCUAUGGAUAACACAGCUAAUGCUGCAAAGUUUGUUGCCGCCAAUAACCUCCGCAACACAGCAGCAAUAGCUAGCUCACGAGCUGCGAAGCUAUAUGGAUUACAAGUGAUGGUACAUGGGAUUCAGGACAACCCAAAGAAUGUGACCCGAUUUGUAAUUCUUGCUCGAGAACUGAAAAUUCCUCAUAUAGACAAGCCAUUCAAGACAAGCAUUGUGAUUGCACUUGACAAGGGAAUGUCACUAUUAUUCAAGGUAUUAUCAGUAUUUGCAUUAAUGAAUAUAAACUUGACAAAGAUUGAGUUAAGGCCUUAUCGAAAUAUUCCAAUCAAGCUUAGAGCUGAAAGCAAUAAUGUGAGCAAUACGAGUCAUCACUUCAAGUACUUGUUGUACAUUGAUUUUGAAGCUUCCAUAGCAGAGGUGAGAGCCCAAAAUGCCUUAACAAAGGUGCAGGAGUUGACAUCGUUCUUGAGGGUAUUUGGUAGUUAUCCCAUGGAUAUGACUCCAUUGAAUCCAGCUUGUCAUGCAUGA